GUCUCAUUAUGAAUUUAUUAUAUUACAACUUUUUAGAAAAAAUUCCAUCUUGCAAUAUUUUUCAUCGCACCGUUCAAACAUUCGAUCUACCUGAAUUGUUUCGUUAUUGAAUAUUUUACUUUACGUUUAUAUCGGACGUAGUGACGUUAUUCGUAUAUUUGUUAAUUUACUUGUUUAAUAAUUUUAUUAUUCUAUAUGAAAGAUAAAAGUAAAGAAUCUGCCCCAGGUGAUGGCAUACGCUCGUUACGAAGCACGAUGUUAUUUCGUGCUAUUAAUUACGAGUUGUAUGUCAAGCCGAAUAAGAGCAUAAUGCUUUUUGGGGUUAUGGCAAUGCUUACUUGUUCAGGGUAUUUACUAUACAUGCGAUAUAAACACGAUGGUACUGCUUAUUAUGAGUCUGUGGAAGCAGAUGGAAAUGUCACUUUUAAAAAGAAAACUUCUAGAUGGUUAGAUUAAAUGUAUCAAGGUGUUCACAGAAGAUUCGUAUAUAUUCGAUGAGUACAUCGUUAUUAUAAAAUUUUAAAAAACAAUGUUUGGAAAAUCUGAAUAUAAUUAUAUAUUUUCAUCAUAUUUAAAAAAAUCUAAGUUAUGUUCUUUGAUGGUCGUGUUUUAAUUACAAGAAAAAAAAUUCAUAAGUACGAGUAAAUAUAGGAGGAAAAGUAAUUUAUUGUCGCUUUGAACCUUUAGGUAUAAUAUCGCUAUUUACAUAAUACUUGUUCAACAUUAUUUGCAUAUAUCCUGUAAAAAUGUUACAGUUUGUAAUUAUAUUUAAGUAAGAAUACAUAUAAAGAAAAAAGAA